UAUUGUGUAAUGAGGGUGAUUUAUUUAUUUAUCCCUUAUCCCCGCUGUCUGUGCACCUGGCUAGCUAGCGCAGCUAACAGCAAAAGGCAUGUAUCAAAUGUAAGGGUUAUGGAGACCGCAAAUUAGCUGUAUUUAAAAUGACUUUAUCAUAGCCUUAAAAUACGGGGCCCAGGGCCUCUAUGCACCAGGUAAAAAUAUACACGUUGGCUUAAAACGGCAUGGCUAAUAAUAGCUAGCAUAUCUGCUCACUGUAACGUUAACGUUGCUUGCAAGGACGGGCUUGAUAUUUGAUAUCUUGCGGCUUCGGCGGACAUGCUUGUUUUGGCUACUGUAGGCUACAGUUUCAGUCAGUGCUGUCAGACAUAUCGUUAGGGCAUUGUAAUUAGCUCCCUCUAUUUUAAGAGGUGAAGUUGGCAUAUGUCACUGAUGUUACCUGCUGAAUGGCGUUUAGCUAGCUACAUUUUGCUUGCGAACUUGGAUUCCUCGGGCAGGACGAGUAAAUGACAUGUUGUCUUAAAGACAGUGAUUGGCAUACUGAUUUCCGCAUCCAUGAGUUGAUUAACUUGCUUUUCCCCGGUCAUUCCUCGAGUCAGCUGCAAUUCCAUUUUUGCCAAAAUGCCUCAAAAACUACUGAAAAGUACCCACUACAUAGAACUUGGGAGCUACCAGUAUUGGCCAGUGCUUAUCCCAAGGGGGAUUCGCCUGUACACAUAUGAACAAAUACCGAUGUUUUUGAAGGAGAAUCCGUACAUCACAGAUGGAUACAGAGCACACCUGCCGUCUAAGCUUUGCUUAAGGAGUAUAUUCAUGCUCUCCAACGAGACGGUAAACAUCUGGAGUCACCUGCUGGGGUUCCUCUUGUUCUUCUUACUGGGGGUGAACGAUAUGUCCACAGUCCUACCAGCCUCAGGGGCCUCCAGGGAAGACUAUGUCAUCUACGCAAUAGGGCUCUUCUGCUUUCAGGUGUGCAUGCUUUGUUCAGUGGGCUACCACCUGUUCUGCUGUCAUCGCUCUGAGAAGACCUGUCGCCGCUGGCUGGCACUGGACUAUGCUGGCAUCUCCAUAGGCAUUCUAGGCUGCUAUGUACCCGGAGUUUUUUACGCAUUCUACUGCAACAGUUUCUGGCGUCAGGUGUACCUGGUGGUGGUGCUGGCGCUGAUCCUGGCUGUGUUCAGUGCUCAGGUGCACCCGCUCUACCUCAGCCAGGACUGGAAGCUACUGCGCUCGGCGCUCUUCUGCUCCGUGGCCGCCUUCGGCGUGCUGCCCGCCUGCCACUGGGUCUGGCUCAACGGUGGCUUUGGCACCGAGGUUGUACAGGCGUUUUUCCCCCGGGUGAUGAUCAUGUAUCUGAUUGCUGCCUCUGCAUUUAUGUUCUACAUCACCAAAAUCCCAGAACGCUACUUCCCAGGUCAUGUAAACUACCUAGGGGCCAGUCACCAAGUUUGGCACAUCCUGGUGGUGCUUAUGUUCUACUGGUGGCACCAAACUGCCAUCUACAUCAUGACCUACCGCCACAGGAACCAGUGCCCAGUAUACACAGCCAGUGGGUAGAACACAAGGAUCCAGUACGGUUCUCCAAGGGCAUGGGUCCACACCUACAAGGUCCUGCUUUUGAUUAAACAGUGAAGCCAGUCCAACAAAUCAUUAUCACCGACAGUGUUCUUAUGACUAAGAAUUUGAGAACUGUUUGUUGAAAGAAAUGAAAUGAAAGAAACACACAUGUUGUACUAUGUAAGCCUCGUAUCAAGAGAGCUGGAUGAACAAUCGGACAUGGGGGCGGUCACUGCGGGGCUGCGCUGAGCCAAACACUGCAGCACAGCGUGGGGCCAGAACACUAGCACACAAACUGCUGCCUAGACUAGAGCAAAGAGAAUACACACACACACACACCUCUUACACACAGCCUAGCCAAGCACAUAUCUGCUCUAUGCUAACUAUAACAAAAAAUCUGAAAGCUGCAUGGAAAUAUAUUAUUGCACUGGUGAAACCUGGAUGGUAGCCAGGAAACGUGUUGACUUUUUUUUUUUUUUUUUUCAAAUAUCAGUUUCUUUUCCUGUUUCUUUUAUAUGUGUGCAUGUACUGCCUGAAUUAUCUCUAAUUUGCCUUGGAAACAUGAACAAACUUGCAAUGUCCAAUGCAUCCUCUCAUAUGCCCUCCUGUCUGAACAAAAGUUUUUUUUUUUUCUCUGAGAAUGUUUUGUUAUUUUAUGACGCACCCUUCUUCCAACUUCAUCCCUUUUCUCCUGCAUUACUGAUACUCUGAGCCUUUGUUUUUGAUGGAAUGCAAUUUAAGGUACUGUAUUUUUUUCUGGUAUUUUAUUCCUCUUAUGUGGUAGAUAGCGUUUCAUUAAGUAUGUAUACGCACAUUAUUGCCAUGUAUCGCAGGUCAAUGGAGUCGCUGGAUCAAUGUUACAAGUCAUAUCAUAUAAGACGAAAUGCACAAGGGAAAAGCAGUGGGGAAACUGAACAUGUAUGCUAUUGAAUUUCUGCUUCCCCACUUGCUGAAGGUUUAUCUUGGGUAGGGCCAGUACCACUUCUAUUGCUCUGGUUUGACAAUGAAUGAGAUCAUGGCAGUCACUGUAGUUGCUGCAGCGUGAUCUGAUUUUGUUCACACUUUUCUUUUUUCAGAUGUCCUUUUUUACUUGACAAUAUUAACUGCUGUCUCUGCCUGUGUUCUCUUUGCCUUUUCAGUUUGGUUGGUUUGAUGUCUGUAAUAUACAUUUGGAAUGAUCUGAGUAUCUUUGAAUGCUGACAAUAAAUAAAUAAAGGGCAUUUGUUUCAA